AUGUUCCGAAUUGCAAUCAUUGGCGGUGGGCUUGGUGGCCUAUUUACUGCGCUUGCCAUCAAAUACCAUUGUCCACAGGGCGUCCAGAUCGACGUCUACGAGCAAGCUGCCGAAUACACUGAGAUCGGUGCCGGAGUAGGUAUCGGUCCCAAUGCAGCUGUAUUGAUACAAAAGAUCGGCCUGCUGGAGGAGGCUCUUAUGAUUUCAGGGAAUCGACGGGACGUUUGGUUAUCUUUCCUGCGAUAUGACACCGGCGAGGAGAUUAUGACCGUGAAGACCCCGGAGAAGGGCAAUAGAGUCCAGCUUUCAAUGCACAGGGCAGAAUUCCUUCAUCUCCUUGUUCAGGCCAUCAGGAGCAGGGGAGCAGCAAUCCUCCAUACCAAUAUGCGAUGUGAGAAACUUGAGGAUAAGGGGGCCACGAUGCUAGUUACAUUUACCAAUGGAAAAACGGCAUCUGCCAAUUUGGUUCUCGGAGCAGACGGUAUCCAUUCUGUUCAAGAUACGGCACGAUACGGCGAAAUGGUCAUCUACCGAGGUCUUUGUCCCAUCGCUGACAUCCAGAAUGACUGGCCAUAUUCCACAUAUGCCACAUCAUGGGUAGCACCCGGAAAACACUUUCUUACCUUCCCUAUCAGUAGAAACAACACACUUAACGUCGUUGCCUUUGUUACAACACCUUGGGAAGAAAUAGGGAAUAAGACUACCAGAGAAAGCUGGACACAGGUUGGAGACAAGGAGACAAUCAAGCAAGAGUUCAAAGACUUUGCAGCUCCUGUGCAGGCUGCUAUCGACAAGAUGAAUACAAAUCCACUCAAGUGGUUAUUGUUUGACCGAAUGACACCAUCUCAGUGGGUAUUUUCCGGAGGUAAAGUAGCCUUACUGGGGGAUGCAGCACAUGCAAUGUGCCCACAUCAAGGCGCUGGAGCAGGCCAGGCUCUCGAGGAUGGAUAUGUGAUUGGACGUGCUCUCAAGGACUACUUCCAGUCCAUGCGGACAGACGGUAAUGGCCCUAGCUUGCAAAGCGCCUUGGAGGUUUAUCAGUCCAUCCGAUAUCCCCGGUCUGAAAGGGUACAGGCAACUUCUCGCCAAGCUGGUGAUGCGUACCAGAUGAAGGCUCCGGAACUAGCUGGGCUCAGCUACGAAGAUGGUCUUCCCAUUUUGACCACCAUGCUGGAAAAUCGUAUGCAAUGGAUCUGGACAGAGGAUAUUGACAACGUGUAUGAAACUGCUGUCGCAGCACAAAGUCGUUUAUGA